UUUACUAUGCGUUAGGCGUAGAUAUUUAAGUAUUUCAAAUUUCAUGCACUUUUGUCUAAGAUUGUAUGUCCGAUACACUCUUAAGGGAGAAAAUAGUGAAGAGAUGGACGGAAAGGAAAGUAAGGAGUUCCGCCGAAAGAGGUACGUUCGGGGAGAAAAAAAAAUUUAUCCGAAUGCUGAUUUUGCGGAAAGGAGGGGCAUUAUCGUGCAGAAUGACCCGAAAAUAAGGCAAACUAGGACUAAUUGCUCUCUGCGGGGGAAGAACAACUUUUCGGAGAAAAUUUAUUGUUCUUUUGUUUAAAUAGAAUUAAGUCUAGUUUAAGUAAUUUCUAUUACAAGGAGAAAGUUGAUGGAGAAUGUUUUUUUCAAAAUAGAUACGUUCAAGAUUUCCGUCCCGUCAGGGCGUUUUGACACGCGCCCGGCAAGGUUUCUGUCGCGACGACGAUAGACAGGAACCGAGCGUUCGACUAGAAGAUUUUCGGCUAUCCGAAACGAUCUGUCGCUCCCGAGCGUUAUCGCGAUCCGUGACCCGGUCACUAUAGCACUACUGUACACUGACAUUUUUUUUGUGUGUUAUUACCAAUAAAAAGACUGUAAAUUAAACGAAACAACUUCUGAGUGAUCUACAUUUUCUUGUGCUCAUCCUUUCCUCCAGCGAGUCUCCGGAUUCGUGCAACAAGCUCUCCGCGCUCAACUCUGAGCGGUUCCGGCAUUCAGCGCGAGCGUAUGCCGUCGGCAACGCAUUCGCGCGCACAAAUGUGAGUGAAGAAAAACUAUAAAUUUUUAUAACAAGUCAUAUGAGAACUUAAAAGAGAUCUUGAUCGAUUACGCAUAUUAUUGUGAAUUAUUAUAUUGAAUAUUAUUGUGAAUUUAUAUUUGUGUUUUAUCGAUACUGAAUAUUAUUAUAAAUUAUAUUGAAUAUUAUUGUGAAUUUAUAUUUGUGCUUUAUCGAUACUGAAUAUUAUUGUGAAUUAUUAUAUUGAAUAUUAUUGUGAAUUUAUAUUCGCAUUUAACCUGAACUUGCUUUAACUUUGUACAGAUCUGAAUCAUAUAAGCAGAUCAACUUGAAUUCCCUCGUGAUCUUAUUCGAAUACGUACAAAUAUAAUUUUAUUUGAAACCAAUGAGUGUGUUAUGCGACACUCUUAUUCGAUAACUAAUAUUCCGUAUUAUUUUAAAUUUUGUAAACUAUGAAAGAUUUACUAUAGCUAUUCCCAAUUAUUAUAAUUUGUCGAAUCAUUACGCUACCCUUUCUCACUUUUAUCGGUCGCCCUUCCUUUCCAUUUGAAUAAAAGAAACUAGUUCUUAACCUUGACGCUAACAGUAACAUAGAAAACAAAAUCGGCUAAUGCCCGAUUUCUUCACAUUCAGUUAUGUUCCGAUUAAAGUUAACUGGGAGUUAAACGUUAGAACUGAUUUUCUUCAUCUCCGACAAUCUGCGGUUAUGGGAUAACUUGCGGCUAAAGUUAAAAGCUAGUUCAAGCAAGAGAUAAAGUAGCUAAACGGCAGUUAAGAGGUAUUCUAACCUUAAUAUCCAUAAUAUUUUUGAUAACUUCCAUGACGAUGGAUGUCAUCAAUAUAAUAUUCGAUAUUAAUAUUUUUGCCUGCGAUGAUGAAGAGGAAGCAUUGUCAAGAAUAAGAAGACCCUAUAUUUUGAGAUACAGAAUAAAUCAUAUGGAAAUGUAGGAUGCUUGGGAUUUCUUUGCGCGAUUUCGCUUGACGAAAGAGACUGUGAGAUUAUUUUUGCCUAGAAUCGAGUAUCAAUUAACAAUUAAUUAUAAUCGGUAAAUAGACAAAAUAUAGUUUAUAAAAUAAUAGAAUACUUAAUUAUUCCACAUGUCAUUUGCAUGUUUCUUGCUUUCUGUAUAAAAUUUACUAAUUAUAUUAUUUACAUAUUACAGAACAAGAUCGUUAACUCCAAUGAAUCAAUUAUUGUUGACAUUAAGAUUUUAUGCCACUGGAAGUUUUCUGCGUUCAAGUGGUGAUUUCUCUGGUGUUAGUAUUAGCACAGCAUCCCGUGUCGUUAAAAGAGUUUCACAGGCAAUUGCUGCAUUACGACGUACAAUGAUAAACAUGCCAGGAAAUGUAAGAGAAAUUGAAGAAAUGAAGCAAGGAUUUUAUAGAAUGUACCGAUUUCCUCGUGUAAUUGGUUGCAUAGAUUGUACACACAUUCGUAUACAGUCCCCAGAAGGAGAAAAUGCAGAAGUAUUUCGCAACAGAAAAAGUUAUUUUUCUAUAAAUACGCAAGUUGUAUGCAACUAUAAUUUAAAGGCAAUAGACAUUGUUGCAAGAUGGCCAGAAUCGGUACAUGAUGCCACAAUUUUCGAACAUAGUACAUUGCGAAGAUUUGAGCAAAACGAAUUUAAUUCUGGAUUGUUACUGGGUGAUGGUGGAUAUCCCGUGAGGAAUUAUCUUCUUACGCUACUGAUAAAUCCAAAUACUCCAGCAGAAGAGUGUUAUAAUAAAACUCAAAUACAAACGAGAAAUAUUAUAGAGCGCUUUUUUGGAGUUAUCAAGCGACGUUUCUCAGUUUUAAGUCUCGGAAUGAGAUUGAAAUUAGAAACAGUGCAAGAUGUUAUUGUAUCAACAGCUGUUUUACAUAAUUUGGCAAGAAAUCAAAAUGAGGAAAAUCCACCUGUAUUAAUAGACGUUGUUGAAGAUGACGUAGUAAUUAAUGAUGACAUUCAUGAACGUGCAAGACCGAGAGAUAAUAUGGUUAGAGAUUCACUUAUAGCUGAUUACUUUUUAAGGUUGAGGUGCUGAAAAAGUAAUUGAAAGGAAUUAAUCUACAUCAAUGACAUUGCAAUGGACAAACACAUGCAAUGGUUGAAUUAAAAAAGACUACCAUUCAGUGGCAUGAAAAAUAAAUUGUCAAUCGAUACAUUCUAUAAAACCCUUGCUUUAUUUCUUUAAUUUUUCUUUCAUUUUCUGACAUAUGUUGUAAUGCAGUGUUUCAUUUUAAACUAUAAUACUUUGUCUAUUUAUCAAUUAUAAUUAAUUGUUAAUUGUUAAUCGAUGCUCGAUAUUAGGCAGAAAUAGUUUCAUAGUUUUUUUUGUUAGGCGGAAUCGCGCAAAGAAAUUCCAAUCAUUCCACAUUUCGACAUUUCCAUGUGACCUAUUCUUUGUCUUAAAAUAUAAGGUCUCCUUAUUCUUGACAAUGCUUUUCUCUUCAUUGGCAAAAAUAUUUACGUCCAAUAUAAUCAUGCUUAUACUAUUGUACAUAUGUAAUCAAAUGUUUAAGAAACUCAAUAAAUAAUUAAUCUUUUUUAUAAAUAAUUAAGGGGUUAAACCACUCGAGUGUCGAAAAGUAACCUAAUUUUAAGAAUUUUUUCCGGGAAAACAAUGACAAAAAUGAAAAAUAUGUUUAUGGGUCUUUAUUGCUUAUACUUUGAAGUGUGAGAAUAAAUUUUUUAAAGGCAAUUAAAAACAAAAUGCCAAUUGUGCAGUUGGUUGAUGGCAACGCUCGCCGACACGAAGUGCUCCGCGACCGGAAAAGUUUCUCCUCCAAUUUUGAACUUAGAACAAAAAUUAAAAGUUUUUUUAGUUUUACAUAUAAAAAGCUCGAGAAAGACGUACGGAUUUUUUUUAUAUCACUUUUUGCAAAAAUGGUGGACAUUUGAAAAAAAAAGUCGAAUUUUCACCUAAAAAAAUAAGCACUAAAUUGUUCAUUAACUAAAGAAAUAUGCAUCAUAAAAAAAAAUCCGUACGUCUUUCUCUAGAUAAUGUUGUUUAGAAUGUAUAGUAAAAAUUUCAAACAAAUCGGUAAAGAAUUGAGCGAGUUAUGUUUCCGGCCGGCUCGAAAAAAGUAGUUUUGAGAAAAACGCGUUUAAAGUUUUACUUAUGAGAAAAUCAUGAAAAUUUUUGAUAUACUUUCAAUCUGCCUGCCCUGUAAUUGGCCUUUCAAAUUGACAUUCUUCUGUUCUUCUUUUCUGGUCCAAAUAAUAAAAAUUGUAGCGCGUCGCGCAGAGUCUUAUACCUACUCUGAGCGCGCAGCAGGUGACUUUGGACGGAAUCAAAAUACAGGCACUUAAAAAAUUCCCCCCCUUAUAAAUAAUGUUGUAUCUUAUUUCUAAGACCCCUAGGACCUUUUAAGCAAAAAAAA